AGGCAGCAUAAUUUAACCUAAAGAUUGAAGCUAGCACGUGACCCCCCUAUACUGCAGGUAGCAAUGUUUAGAGGAUUUAACAGAAUGCUCAGAGGGCGUGGAAACAGAGGGGGCCGGCAGAAUUUAGGAGUAAUGUUGUUGGCAUUUCAAAUAUUCCAGUUUGGGAUUGACAGAAUCCCAAUUAUCACAUUAGUCACACUCAUUACAAACAUAGGCGUUUACCUUCGUCUUCCAGAGUUAUUUGACAUUCCACUCCCCAAAGUACACGACAUCUGCAUAAGCUACCAGGGGGUGGUGGUCUACAGAGAAUAUCACAGACUUGUUCUAUCAGGAUUUUACCAUCUAAGCGACAUGCACCUGUACUUCAACAUGGCUUCAUUCCUCUACAAAGGCACUCAGCUGGAGCCCCGUCUAGGUACAGGAAGAUUUGCAGCUGUUAUUGGAUCACUUCUUGUUGGUUCCAGUUCUGUGUACUGUGCUAUCCAGUUUCUCGCUGCGCAGCUUCUAGGACCAGCUCACAUCCACAGUUGUGCUGCAGGGUUCUCCUGUGUUCUUUUCGGGCUGAAAGUUAUAAUGCAGAGCACUUCACCUCCAUCCCACAGACUGUUUGGGAUCCCCAUACAUAUGGCGUACUGGAGCGAGCUCGUCUGGAUCUCACUUAUAUCACCCAAUGUCUCCUUCGUGGGCCAUCUUGCAGGGAUUAUAACCGGUUUAUUGAUGACUAAAGGUCCACUCAAUUUUGUCCUUUCUGGCGAGACACCCUCCUUUUUCGAGGGCGGAGUAAGAAAUCAGCAGACGUGGGGCAGUGGUGUUUCUAGUGGUGGCAGUGGAGGCAGAAGUGGUGGCAGUGGAGGCAGAUCGACUCGUCAAGAUAAUACAGCCAGCUAUAAUAACGAGGCACACGAAGCAGAAGAGAGGAGGAGAGAAGCAGAGGAAGCAGAGCUGCAGGAGGUGAUAAGAAGGAGUCUAGAAGAGGAAAACAACCCCUCCCGCAGACCAGCCCCCCGCUCCGAACCUACAGGCUACACACCGGGCAGACUGUACCCAGACCUCCCUGCUUCACCCUCAGCACCACCUCCAGAGGACUUUUACCAAGAUGAAGGGUUCCAAGGUGAACAGGGUAACCAGGGUGCCCAUGAUCCUUCGCAAGCUCCAAGGUUACCUGGUUACUUUGAUGAGAUCAGAAGAAGGAGGGUUCAGAGGUUUCAGUGAGAUAACAGAUCGUACUAGUAGUAGUAGUACGUAGUAUGUAGUAAGUAGUAGUUACCAUUGGGUACUAUAGCGUUGUUGCAAUAUACUGGAGACAGUAUGUCAACCACGAUGCCAAGAAUGACUGACGUGAACGGGUUUUCAACUUUCAGUUCUUGUUAUCAAGUCUGAUAAUAUCAAUUUAACCUGUAGAAAUAUACGGUUAAUGCCAAGUCACUGACUUAUGCCAUGCUAGAGCUUAGCUAUUGUAUUUCAUAAGAAACGCUUUUAAUUAUUUACAAGGUUGGUUGUAAAUAGUACA